AUGGCUAGCUUUCCAACGUUCGACCCUUCUCGACUGACGAAGAAGGCCGCCGCGCACUAUUCCUCAGAAUCAGAAGAGGAAGACGACGAUGAUUACCUCGCCCCUGUCGCAGACCCAUCCCAAGGCGACGACUUUGGCGACCUGAACCCACGAAAGCGCCGGCGCGUUGGCAACACCAAGGAGAGCGCCGCUCUUGGCAUCUUUGGAUCCGACAGCGAAGAUGACGGCCCCGGGCGGCGAUGGAAGAAGAAGACUCUACGCAGCAAGGGCAUGAGCUUCGUUUCUACGGGUGCCACUACCCUCGACCAAGAGGACGAAACAAACGACGCCAACGCCAAGGAAUACUCCGAGGAUUCGAAUGACGAUAACGAGGAAGACGAAGAUGAAGACGACGACGAUUUUGGCGGAGUCGGUCUGGGAUUCGGUGGAGCGCAGCGCGGCUUGGGUUUUAAGCCCGCCCGAGAUGAGGAGAGCGACAACGACGCAGAGGCAGCUGGCGCUCCCGUGCGAUCGUUUGCGAAGACCAAGUUCGACGGCAAAAACCCCCUUGGCCGUGGUUUCGUACCAUCAUCCGCGAACAUACCAGUCCUGAGACCCGAUGUCCUAGAUGCACCUUCCACGCCAAAGGUAGCCCAUCCCAGUGCGUUCGGCGCAAAGGGGAAGGCAAAGCCCAACCCCAAGUCCUUUGGCGCACGAAUGAUGGCAAAGAUGGGCUACAAAGAAGGAGAGGGUCUCGGAAGAGAAGGGCAGGGUCGAAGUGUCAUUAUCGAGGCACACCUUCGACCACAGGGUGUCGGUCUGGGUGCAGUGAAGGAGAAAUCAGAGCACGAGAAGCGGGAGGAGAAACGACAGGCAAAGCUGCGAGGCGAGGAGGUUGUCGAUUCGGACGAGGAAGAAAAGAAGAGGAAGAGGGAGCGGAAGAAGAAGGCCGCCAGCGCAGGCGGCAGCAGCGUCAGCACCCCGAAACGACAAAAGCCCAAGUACAUGACGGCAGAAGAAAUCAAGAAGUCUGCGCCCGGACUUCACAUACCGGAGGCCUUUGCCCCCAUUCUGGAUAUGACAGGACCGGGCAACAAGCUUCUGACUACCGCAUCGGGACUCCUGACCCCAACCUCUGCUGCGGUUGUCGAGUCCCCCGAGGUGGCGGCUGCUCGCAAGCUGGUGAAGAGAGCGCACGCUGACUUGGCAGCUUUCUCGGAGGAGUGGAGGAAUCUGGAGGAGCGCAAGACAUGGGUCGACUUGGAGCUGCGCGAACGGGAGCAGGAAAUGGCAGACCUAGCUUCGGACCUGGGCAGACUUCAAGUCUUCUCCAACAUUGUCACCAAUGAGCUUCCCUCAGCCACCGAAUGGGAGGACGUCAUCCGCUGCCUGGAAAAAGCCGUUCAACACAUCGAGCCAGCCACCGAAGAGAUUGCGGAUCUCGCUGUUGCGGCCAUCCACCCCUUCUUCCGCGAGCCCGACUGGAACUUGCUGGAGCAGCCAACCCGAUUUGCUGCAGAACUCAAGGGUCUGGGAAGCAUCCUCACAAAGUCUGGCGAAGGCCACAAGACUGUCAACAGGUGGGACUCGACGGGUUUGAAUGCCAAUGACCUUUACCGCCAACACCAAAAAGCGACAACGCCCUACGAAACUAUGAUGUACAAGCUUUGGUACACGAGAGCCAUGUCAGCCGUCCGCGAUUGGGAUGUCUUCAACCCUACACCGCUCCUGGCUGUUCUAGAGGCUUGGUCCGACUUGCUGCCUCCGUUCGUUCGUGCGCAGUUCCUCGAUGCCGUUGUUCGCAAAUUGGAAACAGCCGUGGCGGAGUGGAACCCGAAGAAGAAGCGGCAGAGCCACAAGCUGCCGCACCUCUGGCUGUUCCCCUGGCUCCAGUACUUGCCGUCGUAUCACCUCGAGCCCAAGGGCACAGGGCUGGUUGCCGAAGUACGUCGGAAGUACAGGCAGCUGAUUGACGUUUGGGAGUUUGACCGCGGAGUCAUCCCGGGUCUGGACCAGUGGCGCGAUGUACUCGGCGACCAAUGGCGUCCGCUGAUCAUGAGCCAUGUGCUGCCGGCCAUGGGGCGCUACCUGCGCAAGAACUUCAGGGUCGACCCGAGCGACCAGGAGCCGUACCUCCCCAUGCUCACGGGGGUGCUCAAGUGGUCCGACAUCGUGACGCCCAAGGUACUGGGCGAGGUCAUUGUUGCCGAGGUGUUCCCGCUGUGGCAUGAGAAGCUGGGCGAGUGGCUUGGCUUGGAGGAUGCGAACUUUGAAGAGAUUGGUGCAUGGUUCGAGUGGUGGAGGGACGACGUCCUCCCUGAGAACAUCAAGAAUCUCAAAUCUGUCCAGGCAGAAUUUGUCAAGGGCUUCGCCACCAUUGAGCAGGCCUUAUAG